AUGCCUGUCCUUGGACACAACAAGGGAACCGUCAAAGACGCAGAAUCCACUGAGUUGUCAUCUCUUCUAAACGUCCUUGAGUGGAUGGAUGAUGUAAUUAUUUAUCCAAACAAGCGUGUGGAUCUCGAUUUUGUUAGAGAGCUCCGUUCAGGAGUUAGAAACCUUUGGGCGCAUGCACCAAAUCAAGAGUUAACCGAUGCUGAUCUUAACAACGCUUUUGACACUGCCAAUAAGAUUCUUGCCGACCUUGAUACUGUUUUCAGCUGUAUUGAAGUAGUCCGUGUGUUGUGACCCGAUAUCGUUCACUUUCAUUAAGCAUGUCUUAGAACUGAAAUAUUUUUACGGGAACUAACACUUUCGAACACGCUGAGUUCAAAUCCGAAAAGUUCUCACUCCGUAGACCCGCAGUUUUUUCACAAAAUGCUAUUUUAUCUUCACUAAUUUUACAGCAAAUUUUUUCAUUGUUCAACGAUACGGAUCGAUGAUGAUACAAGAUUAUGUUACUCAAAAGGACCAAUUUCAAAAACAAACCUUGUACGUUCAUUGGGCGUGACGCCGAAGUAAAGGAAAUGUUUUCUUCCUUGACGGAGAACCACUGUGGAAUUGUCUCCAUUGUUGGUGGCCCAGGGUUUGGCAAAAGCGCCGUUGCAAUUGAAGUGUCCCAUCAUCUAAUCGAUAAUCAUGUCAUCAUCGUGAUUUUCUCAUACCUGUCAAAUGUUUCAACUGUGCCUGACGUUCUCCUACGUCUCUGUCAAGACGUUGGCGUUAAUCCUGGAGAAGAUUCUAAAUUAUCGUUUACGUUGUGGUUAAAGAAUAUUAAGGAGAGAGUCGUCCUUGUCAUGGAUAACAUCGAGCAACUGCUUGAAGAAGAAGUAAGAUCCGAAUUUACUGAGUUAGUGGUGACGCUCCGCAAGAAUGCACAGCAACAUUUGCAGAUCCUAGCAACGAUAAGGACCGCAUUCUCAAUUCCUAACCAAUCCACCAAAAGCAUUCCGAUAGGAGAGUUGGAUGCAAAAUCUAGUGUCGAACUUUUCAGAAAGUUUUGCCCUGAUGAAGAAAUAAAAGAUGGAUACUUGUCUGAGUUGGCUAACCUGUGUGGUUUUAUUCUUCUGGCUUUAUGUAUCACAGGAUCUAGAAUUCCACGUCUAGAUGAUCCAACUGAGUGA